AUGUCUGCCAUCUACGCCGAAGACCAGCCCGCGGGCUUCGUCAACGAGAUCCGACGCGUGGCCAUCGUGGGGGCCGGGGGCUCCGUGGGCACCCCCAUCACCCAGGCCCUACUCGACACCGGUCGACACACCGUGACCGCGUUGACGCGAGUGGGCAGCUCCAGCGCCGUCCCCGCGGGGGUCGAGACCGUCGCCGUCGACUACGACUCGCCCGCCAGCCUGGUGGCCGCCCUGCAGGGCCAGGACUGCCUGAUCAUCACCCUGGCCGUGACGGCGCCCCCGGACACCCAGUCCCAGCUGGUGCAGGCGGCCGCGCAGGCGGGGAUCCGGUACAUCAUGCCCAACGUCUGGGGCUGCGACGUGCUGCACGACCCGCUGGCGCGGAGCGGCCUCCAGUGGGACCGCUCGCGCGCCAUCUUCGCGGAGAUCGAGGCCACGGGGGUCUGCGCCUGGGUCGCCCUCGUCUGCGGCUUCUGGUACGAGCACAGCCUGGUGCUGGGGCCGGGCGCCUUUGGGUUCGACUUCCCCCACCGGCAGUUGACCCUGAACGACGACGGGCGCACCCGGAUCAGCAUCAGCACCCAGGCCCAGUGCGGGCGGGCCGUGGCGACCCUGCUGAGUCUCCCGGUGCUGCCAGACAAUGCGCAGGACCCGCGCCUCGCCCUGCGCCGCUGGCACAACCAGGCCGUGUACAUCGCCAGCUUCCGGCUCAGCCAGCGCGACAUGUUCGACAGUUGGCUCCGGGUCGCGGGCGACCGGGCGGCCGACUGGACCCUCGCGCAGGCGCCGGCCACCGAGCGGUACCGGCAGGGGAUGGAGCGGCUGAGGCAGGGCGACCGGUCGGGCUUCGUGCAGGCGAUGUACUCGCGGGUCUUCUUCCCCAACGGCGAUGGCGACCACGAGAGCCGCCGCGGGCUGGACAACGCCCGGCUGGGCCUCCCCGUGGAGGAGCUGGACGCGCACACGCGCCAGGCCAAGGCGAUGGUGGACCGGGGGUACAACUACAUGAGCAACCGCAACUGA